AUGAACUUCUUCCAUGUUCAUCCGGCCAACCCACAGGACGAUUUCAUGCUUCUUUCACCACUCGAUCCAGAUACUGAAUUGAGUACCUACCAAUGUCACGACAGGAAACGCAAAUACUACUUCUGUCCAAAAUGUGGAGUGCGAUGCCUAACAUUCGGUGGUGUGGGCGAGGUCGAUGUCGUGGAUCUCAAAGAGCUAGCUGAUAGCACAGAAGGGAAGAGAAAAGUUUGGCGCGCGAAGUGGGAUGGAGAGCAUGAUACGAGACCAGAGGAUUUCGACCUACGUGUUCUCACCGAGGAGAAGAGAGUGCAGUAUUUUGAUGAUCGGAGUGAGCCCGAGGAGAAGAAGAAGGAGGCAAGAUGGGACAGACCACAUUAUGGUGGAAGUUAUUGA